GUUUCUUACACGUGACUCAACCAUUGUGUAAUAAAAACAUUAGAAAAAAUCUUUUAAAAAUCAAGUAAAUUAAAAUCAAAUAUCCACUCGUAAAUUUGAAUUAUUUGAAAUUAUAUAGUAGAUCACCAGUAAAUAUAAGAGGUCUAUCUUAAAGUUAAUGGUGGAUGUGGUGGUGAGGGGUGAGAUAAUGAAUAGGAAUGUAGAGUGCAGCAAUAAUGAGUGGGGGAAUUUUGAAAAAAACUUUAUCCUCAUCAAGUACCUCAAUUUCAAAUGAAAUUCAUAAAUAUAUUAAAUUCCAAACAGAAUUUUUUCUAUCAAAUGACAUGGCACAUUUUGAUAUGGAUGAAAAAACGUCUACAGUUGUUAUUCCAAAUGAUAUUAAACAAAAAAAUUUGAAAAUUCUUUGUGAUGAUAUAAAAUUAGAAGCACUAGUGAAAAAUUGCGACUUGAAUUGGUGUAAAUAUGCUCGGCCUUUGUGUCCAAUCAAUACAGAAAAUGAUGGAAAUUCUUUGCUUCAUUCACUAUCAUUGUAUAUAUUUGGAGUUCAUGAUCGCUACAACUAUUUUAGACGAAUUUUAAGUUUUCGAAUAAACAAGGAAAAACUAGAUGGACAAAUGGGAAUACGUUGGAUAAAGCAUUCACAACAAAGUAACUUGCUUCAUGGUUGGAAUCGUCUUCAGGAACUAGCAUCGGAUAGAAAAUACUUUUAUUCUGAUAAAACAACAAAAUUUAGUGAACUUGGCAAUUUUCAUAUAUUUGUUAUGGCAAAUAUAUUAGGAAGACCAAUAAUUAUCCUAUCUGAAAAACAAUUUGAUAAUAUCAUUGGUGGUAUUUAUUUACCAUUGUUACGACAGUCUAAAGAGUGUUUUCGAUCACCUAUUGUUCUUGUCUAUUAUAAUUACCAUUUCUCUCCUGCUUUUAGUUGUGAAAGUGUUAUUACAAUGCUAUCAAAUAUUUGUUAUGAUGACUCUGCAUUGCAUUGCGUUCCUUUAGUCAACAAUAAUUUAAUGCCUUUCAAAGUACAUUUUUUGUUACCUUCAGAGAAUCAAGACAAAGUUCUUUUAGAUUAUUUAGAUAUAUCAUACAUUGAAGAAAAAAUAAAAGUUGCCUUUUUUAAAUUUAAAUCACCUUUAGCAAAUUCUGUAAAACUAAUUAAAUUAUUUUCAAAAAAUGAUUUUGAUGAAAACGUACCAAAUGUGUUUGAUAAAAGAUUAAUAGACACACAAUAUUCAGAAAACUUUACACAAGGUUCUUCCAAAAUGACAUAUAUUGGAAAUGAAAGUUCAAACAAAAAAAGUGUUGACAAUAGUAGUUUUAUAUCUGCAAUGAGCUAUUCACCACCAUUAGAUUUGUCAGAUAAAAAGUUGCUUGAGUCAGAAACACAGACAGAAACAAGAACCAAACUUCAAACUGCUGACUCAUUUGCUUCAAGCUACUAUCAAAACUCAGUUGCAUGCAUAGGAUGUAAUAAACACUUUUUUAUUUCUGACUUAAAAGAAUAUUCAACUAAUCUUUGCAAGAAAUGCUUUCUAGAACAUCAACAUAUUGAAAGCACAUACAGUAAAGAGUAUCGCACACAUGGCAAUAAUUUACUAAAACAUCAUGUUGAUAUUUCGCCCUGCUCAACAAUUGGAUGUCCAAAGUUAACUAAUUUUCCUUCUGGCAAGUGUCAGAUAUGUGAAAUGAAAGCAAAUCAAUCAGGCACAUUUGAUUCACAAAAGUGUUUAACAAGUGGUUGCAAAUUUUAUGGAAACCUAAACUUCAAAGGUUUAUGUUCAGAAUGUUUCAUGAAAAUGACUAUGAGUGAAAUAUAGACGAGAAUGAGUAUUGAAAAAUAAUGAAACCGUUCAACAUUCUAACACGAUUUAUAACAACAUCAAUAGUUUUAAUUAAAUGCAUUGACUUGUAAAUUUUAAUUAAAUGCAUUGACUUGUAAAUUUUAAUUAAAUGCAUUGACUUGUAAAUUUUAAUUUAUACAUUAAAUUAGUAAGUUAAAUAAUUUAAAUGAUGUUACACUUUUGUAAUUAU